AUGUAUCUCCCUCCCACACACCUUCUCACCUUCUCACUCCCAUUCAGUCGACCACCUAACAAACCUUCUCCACAGAACCAAACAGACGUCGAACUCGGCCUCUCCGCCGCAAAAGCCGCAGGCCUAAACGUCUUCCGCACCUGGGGCUUCAACGACAAGAACGUGACCUCCAUCGACGGCGGGCUCCCCGACUACGGCGGCGAAGGCGCCGGCGCAACCGAGAUCGUCUUCCAGUGGUGGGAGGACGGCAAGUCAACGAUCGACCUCGAGCCAUUCGAUAAGGUCGUUAAUGCGGCGGCGAAGACGGGGAUCAAGCUUAUUGUCGCGCUGACGAAUAACUGGGCCGAUUAUGGCGGGAUGGAUGUUUAUACGGUGAAUCUGGGGGGGAGGUAUCAUGAUGAUUUCUACCGCCUCCCGAGGAUCAAGAAGGCGUUCAAGCGCUACGUCAAGGAGAUGGUCACCCGCUACCGCGACUCCCCCGUCAUCAUGGCCUGGGAACUCGCCAACGAGCCACGCUGCGGUGCAGACGGGGUGCGGAAUCUGCCGCGGAGCGAAGACGGGUGUAAUCCCGAGCUGCUAACAUCGUGGAUCGACGAAAUGAGCACGUUCAUCAAACGCCUUGAUCCGCAUCAUCUGGUGACGUGGGGCGGGGAGGGCGGGUUCAACUACGACUCUGAUGACUGGGCGUAUAACGGGUCGGACGGGGGUGAUUUUGAGGAGGAGCUGAAGCUGAAACAUAUUGAUUUCGGGGUCUUUCAUUCUUACCCGGAUUGGUGGAGUAAGACUGUGCCUUGGACGGAUCAGUGGAUAAGGGACCAUGCGAGGGCUGCGAGGAGGGUUGGGAAGCCGGUUGUGCAUGAGGAAUAUGGCUGGCUCACCCCCCAAGGCCGCCUGGAUAAUCUCGGGACGGUAUCGAAUAUUACGCGCCUGGAAGCCGUCGGUGGCUGGCAGAAGAUUAGCCUGAAGGAGAAGAUGCCUGAUAUGUUUUGGCAGUAUGGGUUCUCGGGGUAUUCGUACGGGCGGAACCAUGAUGACGGGUUUACGAUCUAUCUGGAUGACGCUGAAGCAAAGGAGCUGGUUUACAAGCAUGCGAAAGAGGUGAACAAGUUGAAUCGGCGACAAUAG